AGUAGGCGGGGCCUUCUGAGGUUGGGGCGAGCGAUGCCGUGGCCUGCUGGGGCCGGAACCUUUGUUCAGGCGAGAUUUUUCCCUUCCUUGCGGCGACUUUCCGUUUCCGGCCCGAGUGUCCGCUCUGAAAUCAGUCCGAGUACGAAUGGUGGUGGGAGGUAGUCGGAGAGACGGAUGGAGUGGCGGAUACCUAAUGAGAUGGAGACGAUGCAGAUUAUUGCCAAAUCAAACUCCAGGAAGAGACGGAAGGACGGAAUAGGACCCAAUGGUACCACUGAUGAUGAUGCUAGCCCAAUGAAAAUUGCACGACCAACCCUCUCACAGCCGGCGCCCUUUGCAGAUGAGAAUGGAGUAAAGAGCAGCAAACCAUAUGAACGUGUGACACUGGAAGAAGCAAAGAUUGGGACUCCCUUGGAUCGUCCGGUUCGGGUGUAUGCUGAUGGAAUCUUUGAUCUUUUUCACUCGGGACAUGCACGGGCACUGAUGCAGGCCAAGAGUCUGUUCCCAAACACGCAUUUAAUCGUGGGGGUGUGCAAUGAUGACCUGACCCACCAGUUCAAAGGUUUCACAGUAAUGAAUGAGGCUGAGCGAUAUGAUGCAGUCAGGCAUUGCCGCUAUGUUGAUGAGGUUGUAAGAAACGCACCCUGGUCACUUUCGGCUGAGUUCCUGGAAAUGCACAGGAUUGACUUUGUAGCCCAUGAUGACAUCCCAUAUUCUUCGGCAGGAAGCGAUGAUGUUUACAAACACAUUAAAGACGCAGGUAUGUUUGCCCCAACUCAAAGAACAGAAGGAAUCUCCACAUCAGAUAUCAUAACCAGGAUUGUGCGGGAUUAUGACGUAUAUGUACGUAGAAAUCUGCAGCGUGGUUACACUGCCAAGGAGCUCAAUGUCAGCUUUAUAAAUGAGAAGAAAUACAACUUGCAGGAACGAGUUGAUAAAGUGAAGCAGAAAGUUAAAGAUGUGGAGGAGAAGUCGAAGGAGUUUGUUCAGAAAGUUGAGGAGAAGAGCAUUGACCUGAUUCAGAAAUGGGAGGAGAAAUCAAGAGAAUUCAUCGGAAACUUCCUGGAGAUGUUUGGGCCGGAGGGAGCCUUGAAGCAUAUGCUGAAAGAGGGCAAAGGUCGAAUGCUGCAAGCAAUAACCCCAAAGCAGAGUCCGAGCAACAGUCCGGUCCGGGAGCGUUCCCCGUCGCCCACCUUCCGAUGGCCGUUCUCCAAGACUUCCCCACCGUGCUCACCAAAACCUGAGUCGGACGCAGCUGGCUACGAUAUCAGCGAUGACGAUUCAGAGUAAAGGUCUCUCUCUCUGUCUCUCCCGGAGUCUUCAUUUCACCCCCAACACCUGUCUCCUCCAAUUCUGUCUAUCGAUUGCCAGUGAUCCACGAGGACUGCAGGCUCGAGGCAAGUGCCACUCUCCAACAUCUGUACACAGAAAAGAAGUUCACACAAAUAGGGUCAAGUUGGACUUUGGAAUUAAAGCAUUAAAAUCAAAAUAAUUUUCCACAGGGAAACAGCUUCAACGAUGUAAACUUUUUGUUUUCUUUUUAGCAAAUUAAACUAAUUUAAAAGAAUCACUGUAAAGAUUAUGGGGGAAAAUGCCUUUCUUUUAUAUUUAAGGCCUAGUGUUGUAUCAGAGUAUCUGCACGUCAAAAUGUAAUGUGUGUUUCUGAUGUGAGAGGCUGGAAAUGCAUGCUUGCCUCAAUUUGGUGGCCAAAAGACUGUGGUGGGGUGGGCGUAUGGUGGGAAGGUGGAUUGUGCUUGUAUCUGUUCUUGGGCUUUCUCAUGCUACUUCCAUUCACCUGAACAGUAUUCCCCAGUGAGGAUAGUGUUGUAAUUUGCCAGUUAGUUGCAUCUCCAACUUCACCAAUCUCGAGAUUUGAAAUCUCACCUCCCACUCUGCCUUGUGUCCAAUCUCACCGAACUGAUUCAUUCAGCUUCUGCAGUCUUCAUUGAACCCAAGAAGGUCAUUGGAGCAAGGAUGUGAUCAGUUCAGUUCUGCAGCUGUGGAAUGCGAUGCACUGGAGGAGAUGAGACAGAACUGGGACGUUGGAUAUACCCACAAUGCCAUCUGGUGCAAAUUUACAAGAGGUGGUUUAAUGACCACUUUUUCCUUAUGCAACAGUUGAGAUUCCCUUCCUGUGAGCCUCCUUUAUAGUUUGUUUUAUGCAUUAGGUACAGACAGUUAUUCUGAAUGGUGAGAAGGCAGUGAUCCAGCUUGCUGCAUGUGAAGCACGCGGUGUCCAAUAGUAAAAUGAUUUUUGUACAACCCGGGGGUCGGGGCGGGGGGGUGCUCAGAUGCUGUGGAUGAACUGGGCACUUUCCAUUUCUAGUGGACCUUGCACUAUAUGCGUGGCAGGAAGCCUGUGCUGUAAAUCACUGCCAUCAACCAGUUUCUCUGGCGCUUGACAGUUUGAACAUGUUGGUGUAUAAUCGGUUGUUUUUGCACUCGGAAAGCUCAGACAACUCUUGAGAUGAAGCCCCUGUGGGAUUUCACUCCCGUUCUGUACACUUGGGAAGAAAAGAGUUUGUAAUUUUUUUGAAGACUGUCCUGCAGUAGGACGUGGCAAACUGCCCCUUGAACCACUUCAAUCCAUGCAGUGUACCCACAGAGCCUUUGGGGAAGGAAUUCCUGAAUUUUGAUCCUUAACAUUGAAGAAGUGGUGACAUUGUUCCACUUUAGAAUAAUGUGAUUUGGAGGGGAACCUACAAGCUGGUGGUAAUCAUGGGUUUGGAAGGUGCUGCCUUAAGGUGCCUUGGUGUGUUGCUGCAGUUUAUCUUGUCAGUGGUACACACUGCAGCCAGUGUGCAUUGGAGUUGGAGGAAAUGGGCUGCCUUUGUGCUGAAUGGUGUUGAGCUUCUUCUGUGUUGGCACUGCAUUUAUCGAGGCAAAUAGAAAGUUUUACCCCAUAGCCUUCACAGUUUCCACUGUCCUUCGACAAUGUUUUGAUGCCACAUAAAACUAAUUAAAUUGUCUGGUGACUGGCUUCUGUGGUGCAGUGACCUCAGGAGAAGACCAAGGUGGACCAGUGACUAAAUACUUCUGACUGAAUGUGUUAACUAACACUAAGAAUGUGGAACUUACAGCCUGGUCUCUGCCAUUAUUAAGGAUGGGGUGCUCAUGACCCUUCUCCUCUUGUUGGUUAUAUUUCCGUCCCCAUUUACGACUGCACGUACAGUUUGAUCUGAAUUAUUAAUUGUGGGAUCACUGAGCUCUGCCUACAAUGUUCUAUUCCAUUAUUAAAUGCUUGCCUUCGUGUUUUGUAACUUCACCAGGAUGAAGUAAAGGAUACAUUGAGCAUGAAGUUACAGAUUGAGAGUGAUGGCCCAUGAUGUCUCAUUGCUGCUGCCUUUUGAUUUGCUAAUUUUGCUCUGAAUCUUAUUUCCUUUAGCAAUGUAGUAGUCCUGCGCAACAUGAUGACUGUUAUUCUGUUUGGUGGUCAGUCCUGCUUAUAUCAUCACAGACAGGUACAUCCAUGAGGGCGAGAGAAAACAGUUUGUUUUGCCUUUGUUAGCUCUCUCACCACCUGUUACCGGUGCAGUUUAGCAGUUAUAAGCUUCAAGACUUGGUCAGCUUGGUCAGUGGUGGUACUGCUGAACUACACUUGGUGAACCCCAAGGCUGCUUUGAUAGAAUCUUCCAAACCUACAACCUCACCCAUCUAGAAGGACAGGGACAAGCCGUAUAUGGGACACCACCACCUAUUAGUUCCCUUCCAAGCUAUUCAGCAUCCUGACAGCAGAAAUAUACCACCAUUCCUUUAGUGUCAGUGGAUCAAAAUCCUGGAACUCCCUCCAUUAAAGCAGCAUUGUUGGUGUACUAUACCUCAAGGACAGCAGUGGUUUAAGAAGGCAGAUCACCAUCACCUUCUCAAGUGGAAUGUGGGCAGUUAAUACUGGCUUAGCUUGUGACGCACAUAUCCCAUGAAUGAAUAGAAAAGAAAAGUGAAGACCCCUAACGAGAGCCCGUUUUGUGUUCUUGCCAUCCUCCUUUUUCUUGAUGUGGGGGAAUCCUGAUUUGUUGCUGACUGAGCGGUAAUAAGCAAGAGCUUCCCUUGUCCACCUUCGACCUGAUGCAAUGAGAUUUCAAGGAGUGUGGGAUUCAUGUUGAGGACACUAGGGCCACUCUUGAUUGUAUAUUGUGCCUCCAAGACUUCUCUUCAUUCUCAAUACCUUUACCUCUGGUAUUACCAGAGGAUUUGUCAUUAACUUCCACCUGUUUCUCAUCUACAGGCUGCUCUUAGUUCUUGUGAAGCACAUUGGAACAUUUGAUUUUAUCAUCCAAACAGUGUGGCAGCUACCACGUGUAUACUGAUGACACCCAGCUCUACCUCACCACCACUUUUCUUGACCCCUCCAUAAUCUCUACAUUAUUGGACUAUUUGUCCCACAUCCUCCAAAUAAAUAUUAACCAGACCAAAGCCAUUGUCUCUAUUUCCUGCCACAAACUCUGCUCCCUAGCUAAUGACUCCAUCUAUAUCGCUGGUAAUUGCCAAGGACUGAGCCAGGCAAUUUGUGACCUUGCUGUGUCAUCUGACCCUGUGCUGAACAACUGACUAUAUAUCUGCCACAUUAAUGCAUCCUCAUAGUUUCACCUCUAACAUUACAUGACUCUCCUUUACUCAUCUCAUCCACUGCUGAAAUCCUCAUUCACACCUGACUUCUCCAGUACUGUCUUGGCCAACUUCUGUCUUCUGCGCUUCACAACCUUAAGGUGAUCGUCCAUUCUGCUGUCUGUAUCCUAAGUAGCAUUAGCUGUUCAUAACCCCACCCUCCUCCUACCUUGCUGUCAUCCACUCUGCACUCACUGACACACAUUGGCACCCAGUCAAGCAACGCAAUGAUUUUAAAAUUGUUAUCUUUGUCUUUGAAUCCUUCCAUAGGUCUGUAAACUCCGCCAGCCCUAUAACCCUCUGAAAUCACUGUCAUUCGAGUCAUUCUCACUUCUUGAGCAUCUCCAAUUGCAAUUGCUUCACAAUUGGUGGCUGCUUGACCUGAACCCUGGAAUUCCCUUCUCUACCUCUAUAUUCCCUUUUUAAAAUGCUCCUUACAAUCUACCUCUUUGAUUGGGUUUUUGAACAUCUGUCCUUGUAUUUCUUACAUAACUUGGUGUUAAAUGCCUGCUAAAAAUGCCCUAUGGGGCAGGAUGUAACUAGGGAAGGUUACAACAGGAGUUUUGCAUGUUAACUGGAAGGUAGAUAUCUGUGGGUGUGAUCUCUUCAGACUGUAACUUCGCUAGUCUGUGGGAUUGCUAUCCUGAUCUUCACAGAUUUUAGCAAUGAGGACUCAGUUUGUGCAGUUUGAUGGUAAGCUAUUUGUCCCAUUACUGUAGCAUUGCUUUUUGUAGCUAUCUUCAUAGCCAAAUGGUUCGCUCGGCCAUAUCAGAGGGCACUUCAGAGUUAGUCAUGUUGCUGUGAGUCCAGAGUCAGUAGUAGGCAGGACCAGGUGAGGAUGACAGAUUUCUUUCCCUAAAGGACAUUCAUGAACCGGACAGGUUUUUAAUGACAAUCCUGUAGUAGUUGAUGGCUUCUUAUUUUAGUUUGCCAGACCUCACGAUGAAAUUUGAAUUCAUGCACUCUUAUUACAUCAGGCUUCUGGAUCACUAACGCAAUGACACAUCACCACUGUGUGUGAUUGCCCUAUUUGCAGGACAGGAGAAGUUAGAUUGUUGUCCUGUCCGCUGGGCUGUGUCUGUAUCGCUUUUUAGUUUUGUAGAAGUUAUGACUGUUUAUUUUAAAGUAGGAUCUUAAGGUUUUUUGAUAUCACCAGCACUAUAAAUGAGAUGAAUUCCACGUGCUAUCUGACUGUUAUUCUAUUGCACAUUGUACAGUAAUAGUAAUGGAUUGGGCUGCACUGAAAUCUGCAUUUCUCUGUGUCAUCUCAGUCUUAGUUUUUGAAGAAUGCUUUAAAAAAUAGCAUGUGCGUUUAUAUAGGGCCCUUUAUGACCCUGGGAUGUUCGAAAGCACAUGGCGUGCCAAUCAAGUGGUUUACGGAGUUCAGUCACUGUGUUGUAAUGUGAGGAAACAGGACGGCAUUGCCAAACCCCAGGCUGUCUGCAGUUUUCACUGUCACAAUGUUGCCUCGGUGCUAAAGCCAGAGAUGCAAGGAACCAAGUUUGUUGCAGUUUGGGUUAGACCCAGAAGGACACUUUUCUGGUAAUUGAGCUGGGGAGGUGCCCCUUUGAGGGGAAGUGGGCUUGCUGGCUGCAAGAGCCUUCAAAUUGGGAACGAUGACCACUGCUUAUUGAGUAAGCACUGCACCCACAUUCUCCCUGCUCACUGGGAGUUACCAGGAGCGUUCCGCAGGAAGGCAUGACACUGGAAAUCUGGUGACAGUGUUAGCUUUGCAACCUCCAGUUCACUCAUAGCAAGCUGUGUCAGAUUGACUGCAACCCUCAAGCUUCGUAUCUGUAAAACAAUAAGAUACAGGAGCGGAAGGAGUUCAUUCAGCCCAUUGGGUCUGCUGUGCCAUUCAGUGUUAUUAUGGCCAAUCUCUGAGGAUGGAUCUAAAGUUUGGGGGGUGUUGGGAGAGGGUGGGGUAUGUGACUUGCUAUCUCAGUCAAAUCAGGAAUAGCCAAACUCCACAAGCGUUUCCUUGACUGUUGGCUGACAGAUGGAGUGCAGAACUAUUUCUGUCUUGGUGUUGUAUUUUUAAAAAUCCAUCUGUUAUUUAUGCAAUACAAUGUUCCUGUGGGCAAUCUUUGUUGAUCAUUUAAAAUUUACACAUUUAAAAUGAGAUUAAAUCUUAGAUGUUUUGUUAAACUUGGGUGUUUGGGGACACGGAGGUUAAAUUAACAAUAGUUGAAAUGCAAGGUGCUAUAAGAUCGGCUUUGAGCUGAGAUUUUUAAUAGAGAUGCAUGUUGUUGAUAAGUGGAUUCUGUGCUGAUCUUUUAAUCAACUUACAGCUGUUAAACAGUGGAAAAUUGUCUGAUUAAACAGCAUUAAAAUAAAA